AUGGAGCCAAUUGAUAACUCUUGUGAAUCCUCCUUUUGUCGAGAUGAAAGGAUAGAAGCUUUGGAUCUUUUAGAGGAGUGUUGGUUCUUUGAUAACAUGUUAAAUGUAAGACCAAGGAUGCCAAGGUGUCACUCUGAUCCUUGCCCUUCCACUGGCCUAAUCAGCUCCCAAGAUUUCUUGGGAAAGGACUCUGAUGUAUCCACCAAUUCAUCAACAAGUAAGCCAUCUAUUAGUGCUUUUGUUCAUCCUAAGAAGAUCCAGAGAGCACCAUCCAUGCCACCAUUUAGAUCGAGAGAAGAUGACCAAAAAGGAAGCAGUUCUACUAGAAGCAAAUUGGUGCACCAACCAUCAGAUCCUACUAAACCUCAUUGUGCACAGAUGAAAGGGCAUCAUAAAAGUGAUUGUAAUAGAAGGAAAAGCAAACUUCUAAGAACACCGUCUUUGCCUCCAUCAAUAGGGAGAGAGGAAAAGUUCCAAGUAACUGACACUAGAACUGGCAGAUCCCACAAGCAACCAUCAACACCUAGCCAUAUUGACAUUCUUCCUCCCAGGCAAACCUCUAAGAGUUGUAGCAUUCCAAGAUAUCGACCAGCUAGAACUACUGAGGUUGUUGAAAGCUUCAACCCAGAGGGUAUUAUGGAAAUGAGGCGCAGUUACCUUAAUCAGAAAACAAUGAGGAGAAGCCUAAGUGACCUUGAACUAGAAGAGGUUCAGGGGUUCAAGGAUUUGGGUUUCUCAUUUGAAAAAGAAACCUUAAGCCCCAGUUUACCUAACAUAAUUCCUGGUUUGCAAGAGAAGAAUAGAGAUGAGACAGAAGAAGAUAAGGCAGCAAGGAGACCCUACUUAUCUGAGGCAUGGCUGGUGCAAAGUUGUGCUCCUCCAAUUCCAAAUUGGGCUUCUAAUAAGUCUUCAGAUGACAUGAAAGAACAAAUCAAGUUUUGGGCUAGAGCUGUAGCAUCAAACAUACACCAGGAAUGCUGA